AUGAUAGAAGAUCUUAAUCAGAUUAAUUCACCUGUACGUUUUAGCCAUUGUUGUGAUGCCAACAAGAUUGAAUUUCUUGAUGUUUUAAUAUAUCGGAUGCACAACUCAAUUGGCUAUACUCUAUACAGAAAGACUUCUGAUCGUAACACCUUAUUACACGCCACCAGUUUCCAUCCAGGUGCUCUUAAGAGAUCACUUCCUAUCUCACAAUUUCUUCGAGUACUAAGAAACAACUCAGACCCAGAUAACACCAAGGCACAGAUUAUUGUGAUGCAACGAGCCUUUCGAGAUCGAGGGUAUUCGAAGUAUACACUCAAGCGAUCGUUGGACAGAGCCUACGAUAUCUACAAUAAGUCUUGUACUACAACAACUAUGCUAUCUCAGCAACCUACGAGAAUUACAGUACCAUUGCUGUAUCAUACAGCAAGUGACCAAAUUGCAAAGGUUAUCCGUAAAAGGUGGGACUUAUUGGCUUCUGAUCCCACAUUACUACCUGUUUUCCUCCUCGGAUUUCGUUUAGACGGAAUCGUAACUUAA